UAAAAUUGUUAAAAUCUUCAUCUUCCCCAAACUGAGAAGUGAGAAAAAACCCCUUUCUGCCAUUGCUGCAACUCCAAGAUUCACCACUAACCUCAGCAAUGGCACAAACAAAUUUUCACCCUUCACACAACCAAUCACUCAAUCAAAUACUUCGCAGUUUCAAACAAGUUGGGAUCGAUUACAUCAAUCCUCUGUAUCCAUUUCGCUCUAGUCAGACUCAUUCCAUUAAAAAGAUUCCUCUUUUCCGAAUACCCAUAUCGGAAAAACAAUGUAUUUACUUGAAUUUCACUUCAAAACCCAAAUGGGUGUUCACUAAUUCUAACAUUCCAUCUCCAGAAUGGGUGAAUUUUCCUCUUUUUCGAGUUCCCAAAUCCAAAAAACCGUAUUUUUAUGUAAAUUUCACUUCAAAACCCAAAUGGGUAUACACUGGUUCUAACCUUCCACCUCCAGAAUGGGUGCAGCCAUUCAUUGACCUUUCUGACUUAGUCACAGACCGCAAAGAUCUCAAACCGUCGCCAUGGGUGUCUCAAAUUUUGAAUCUUUUAGACAAUUCACCAUUGAUGGAGCAGAAUUUAGAUGUUUAUUGUUGCAAAUUUCUCAUUAAAUUAUCGCCUAGUUUUGUUGCAUACGUGUUGAAGUCAGAUUACCUUACAGGUAAACCCGAUAUCGCGUUUCGUUUCUUUUAUUGGGCUGGUAAGCAAAAAGGGUAUGCUCAUAAUUGUGAAUGCUAUGUGUUUUUAGUUAAGAUUUUAUCUGCUUCACGUGAAUUGGAUAGGAUUAAGCAUGUGUUUAGUGAAUUUAAGCAUAAAGGUUUCUUGAUGAAUGUGGCAGCUGUUAAUUCUUUGAUUAGGAGUUUUGGAGAACUUGGGAUGGUUGAAGAAUUAUUAUUUGUGUGGCGACAAAUGAAAGAAAAUGGUAUUGAGCCUAGUUUAUAUACCUAUAACUUUUUGAUGAAUGGACUGGUGAAUUCCAUGUUUAUUGAAUCUGCUGAACGCGUUUUUGAGGUUAUGGAAAGCGGGAAAGUUAAUCCGGAUAUUGUUACGUAUAAUACUAUGAUUAAGGGGUACUGCAGAUCUGGGAAGCUUCAAAAAGCAAUGGAGAAAUUUAGAGAUAUGGAGGUUAGGAAAGUGGAGCCUGACAAGAUUACCUACAUGACUCUGAUGCAAGCGUGUUACGCGGAGGGAAAUUUUGACUCUUGUUUGGGACUCUAUCACGAAAUGGAGGAAAAGGACUUGGAUAUUCCACCACACGCUUAUACGUUAGUGAUUGGAGGGUUUUGUAAAAUGGGGAAGGUUUUGGAAGGGUUUACUGUUUUUGAAAAUAUGAUCAAGAAAGGUAUUAGACCUAAUCUGUCAAUUUAUACUGCUCUAAUUGAUUCAUACAUGAAACAUGGAAACUUGGAUGAAGCUAUGAGACUUUUUGAUAGAAUGAAGAAUGAAGGAUUUGAACCGGACGAGGUAACAUUUGGGGUUAUUGUAAAUGGUUUAUGCAAGAGUGAGAGGUUGGAUGAGGCCAUGCAGUGGCUUGAGUACUGUAAAAAAAACAAUGUAGCUAUCAACGCCAUGUUUUAUUCAAGUCUUAUUGAUGGUCUAGGAAAGGCAGGGAGAGUUGAUGAGGCCAGAGAACUCUUUGAGGAGAUGGCUGAGAAGGGAUGUACACGUGAUUCUUAUUGUUAUAAUGCGCUUAUCGAUGCCUUGGCCAAAAAUGGGAAAAUCGAUGAAGCUUUGGUGCUUUUUAAGAGAAUGGAAGAUGAAGGUUGUGAUGAAACAGUUUAUACAUACACAAUAUUGAUCAGCGGCAUGUUUAAAGAACAUCAAAAUGAAGAAGCACUUAAAUUGUGGCAUAUGAUGAUUGAUAAGGGUAUAACUCCAAAUGCUGCUUCUUUUCGAGCCCUUUCAACCGGGCUUUGUCAUUCUGGCAAGGUGGCAAGAGCAUGUAAAAUACUGGAUGAGCUGGCACCAAUGGGUGUUAUCCUGGAGACAGCUUUUGAAGAUAUGAUAAAUGUUCUAUGCAAGGCAGGUCGUAUAAAAGAGGCUUGCAAAUUAGCUGAUGGGAUUGUGGAUAGAGGUCGAGAAAUUCCUGGAAAAAUUCGUACUGUUUUGAUUAAUGCAUUGAGGAAGACAGGGAAUGCUGAUAUGGCAGUGAAGUUGAUGCAUAGUAAGAUUGGCAUUGGAUAUGACAGGAUGGGUAGCAUUAAAAGGAGAGUAAAGUUUCGAGUUUUGGUUGAAAGCUGAGGCAUUGGAUAAAGGGUAGCUUUAAAAGGAGAGUAAAGUUUCGAGCUUUGGUUGAAAGGUGAGGUGAAAGCUGGAUAUUGGGGUUACUAUUGGGACAUUCAAGUAUGCUAUUAUGCUGUCAUGUGUGGUUAUUAGUGAAAUAUUCUGAGGCAAAAUAGACAAAGAUGUGACCAGAGAAGCAAUGAACAUGUCAUUUGACAAAGCUAUGCAUAUCUGCCACUUUAUGGAGUUCUAACAAGUGAAGCAAGAGGUAAAGUUGAUUGAAAAUUUUGUCAAUAGAGUGUCUGACAAUUCAUCUUGCUUGCGUUAGAUCUGCUUUCUUUUUGUUGAAACUGGAAGUAGUGUAGGGUAGCGUGACAGUCAACUCACAAAUUCUGAAGUGCGAUCUUUUCCAUAAUUCUGGUUAAGCCUGAGAGAUAUUUGAAGACGUCGACCCCCUCUGUUGAUUUUAAAUACUUUAUCAAACUCUGCGACACCUAAAAUUGAUGGAUGGGAUUAUAUACCACUCAUAUUAGUUACUGUCUUUCAAAGAUUCUUCUCAUAAGAUUCAUGCCUAACACCUUAUGCUUUCUAUCAGUUGAUUCAGCAGUUUUUGCAAUUAAUUCAAAUAUGGUACUCCCAGACAACUUAUCCAUAUUUGUUGUAAAAGAGGUACCAGUUCCAAGCUCCAGUUGCUGAAGUAAUAAGCAGCUGGUAGAAUGCUUAUGUUUCUUCGUGGAGGUGGUAAGUCAUACACACAAUAACUGUGCCUUAAUCUUAAACCAUGUAUUGGAACUUAAACAAUCUUAAACCAUGUAUUGAACUUAAGGACAUCUUACCUUGCCAGAUACUACACAGAUGCUGAAAUUCAAAUGUUUGUAGCUGUUGGUGUAAUAUGUAUAAUACAAAGGAUGAACAUAGCAUGCUAAAUUUCAUAGAACCUUUACAGGAAUGGGUUUUUGUAGAGCAGGAUUCCUUUUGUUUUUGUUUUUUGUAAUAAAGGAUUUCUAACCAGUGUACUGCCUUUGCACUAUCAUGGUUUUAGGCUGCUCUAUUUUUGAUAAAUGUUUACCUACCUAUUCAAAGAAAUAAAGAACACGGAAGAAGGAAUAGAACCCUGGUUACUUGCCUGGAGUAAGGGGCUCUUUUUCUGGUCAAUAUCAGAGAAUGCUUUUCUAUAGCAACAAUAUUUGCCUCAGUUUCUUGCUCCGUUAUUGUGAAUUGGGUUAAUAAUUGACAAUCAGGAGUCCAGAAAGGGAUUGCACCAUUUUUUAAUGGGUUUCCUAGCAGCGGGCGCUAUGGGUUCUUCUAUUUUGAGCAUAAUUCCUUCCUUCCCAAUUUUUCACUUAUCAAUUUUGAGGGCAAGGAUGUGAACUGUAUGUUGGAUACUCAUCUUGACUAUCUGUACAAUUAUAUGCAUAUCCGGUAAGAGUAAUGGGCAUAGACAAAAGACUAAAUUCACUUCUCCAAUAGGGGUCUCAGAAGCAAUGUAAGUUUUUUCCUGAUAACUCAGCAAGAAUAUUGUAAUUACAAAAACCAGCUAUAAGAUAUGAUGGGAGUAUGUAAAGGCUGACACAGUGAGGUUUUCCUUACUAAUCCUGUAGUGAGGUCGGAAAUCUCACUAGGUAUCCACUUCAUACACAUUCUGAAGAUUACAUCAGAUAGUUACUACGUACAAGCACUUGAAUUCAAGUUAUGUACAGAGUCAGCUUUGUCUUCUAAACAUCUGUGGUUUCUUUCCUCUUUACAACAAAUGAUUGAUAACUACAUCAGUGUGGCUUCAACAUAUGAUUUCUUAUUAUUUGGAAUUGUCCCAUUUAGUAUCCUCCAUAUUUUCUUUCUCUACAUUUUUGUUUAUACACAAUUAUAGUAAUGUAGUGUCUGGCUUUGAUUCUCCGUAAUGCUGAUUCACUUGUUCUUCAGCACUCGCUGUUCAACACUUCAUUUUAUUUAUUUUUAGACAAGGGUAGUGUCCUUGUCAGCUUACACACACUUGAAGUAUUUCACCGUUCUUUCCCAACAAAAAUUGAAAGGAUUGUAUCACAUCGAGAUGUCGAUUCGUUUUUCACGGGAUACCUGCCGGUAAAGCUUGGGUAGAAGGGAAGAAAUCACCUAUGUUUUUUUUUUGCUUCUGGUGCAAUUUGAACACUGGUCUCCAAUGGUUUUCAUCUCACUUUAUUGACCGCUAAUCCCCACCCUUGGGAUUAGAUUCAACACUUAUUUUGAUUAAUGGCUCCAUUUGAUAAUAUGCAGGCAAUUGAUUCUGUUUUCUUUAUGCUUCUUUACGACAUCAGUUGUGUAAUUAGUUGCACUUUGACACUCAUGUUUUAGUUGCUAUUUUUUUUCUUCCUUUGCUAAACCAUGCUUUUGUUUAUCGAAAUCUUGCUUAUAUGUUAGAAGCUACUUAUCUAAAUGUCUCAAUUCCAAUCAGGAUGUAGCCUUUUGGGGAAUAGGUAUUUGCAGUUGCUGUAACUUUAUUUAUCACUUAUUGCUGGGCCCAGGAAGAUGUCCGCAUACACGGAUGACCUAGAAUUUGCUUCUUUACAGAUGCUCGCAUGCAAGAAGAAUCAUUUGAUAUGGAGAUAGGGAAGUGGGAGCUAAAACCCAGCAGCAGAUGUAGCUAAUAUUUUCAGCAGGCAUUUCCUGUACAACAAGUAAAGAUACAUUCUCUUUUGGAACUUGGAGUGGACCCUUGGUGCACCUAUGAAGACUGGAGCAAUGUGACCAACUUGUUUGUUUCCAAGCCAUUUCUGAGCUGUACAUUUGUUUUAGUACUUGGGAUGAGUGGCAAAGAGAAUUUUGCACUGUGCUCUGUCAUCUUUGUGUUCUAACGACUAGCAUCACUCGAAGGAGCUACUUUUCAGUUAAACACAUGCGCAACUGCAGUUACUAUAAUAGGACCAAUCUGCAUGUUCUACCAUCUGUGACAUUUGUUGGUGCAUACCUCUAUUGCUUAUCCAUUCCAGUUUUGUCAAAGGCGCGCUUAUGCCCUGAAGCGAGGCUCAAAACGUGUAGAGCGCUUUGCUUUGCUUAAUGUGCGCUUUAGUGUGGUCAUCAAGAUUCUAAUGCAUAUUUUUUUCUUUCCAAUUCGCCUCUCUGAGAGACAACAUAAACAAUUCAUAUUUUACUUUAUUGUAAUUUAUUUUCAAAUAUUUGCGCUUAAAACUGACCUUAGAGUUUA